GACACCGAUACCAUAUGCUGUGAUGUGGGAAACCAAAGCUGCUGCUCUUGUUUUCUCUGAAUUACGGUAGUCAGCGUCAUGCUACCGUCUUGUUGUCUUUUGUAAGCUAACACGCAGACCGCGUCGCGUUACUUUACAAAGACCAUUUUCUUUUAAAUCAAAGUGAACCAUGUCCACAAACAUGCCGGUCGGUAGCCUGAAUAUGGAGUCGCAACUUAUGUCGGUGAUGAACGUGUUAGUAAAGGCGGCGGUAGCGGAAAUCAUUCAGCUGUUCUCGGAGAGCACGGACACUCUCCGGCUACAUUUAACCCAGAGCCUGAAAGAAAAUGAAACACUGAGGAUGAGGGUGAAGGUGAUGAGGAGUGAACUCUUCUCCCUCAGGCUUCAAACCAGGACGAACCGACCUGCCAGCCGCUUAUCUUCCUUCAGAGGCAACCUUCCCAAACCACGAGCUAAACCACAAGUUCUCAUUAAACCACCUGAAAGAGCAGUUGGGGAAGCUGCCUCCAUUACUCUUGAGCCAGACAACCAGACUUCCUCUAUUACCACUCCUGCACAGAGUGCAGCUGUGAAAAGUCCAGAAGUCAUCCUGAUCAAAGAUGAAGAUGACAUUGGAGGAUGUGGGCCAAUUGUUGUUCAGAAUAACUUUGGGGAUGAUGGCCUUCAGGAUCCUGUUACCACAGUGAGUCCGAAGAUAGACUCGGUUUUGUCCUCCUGCUUGAAGGAUAAUAACCAGGAGUUGAGAAUCGUGAGUGUUCACAGUGGAGUAGAAGGGCCUCUGCAGGAGGACAAUGACAUCCUUUUCUCUGCCUCUGAGCUUCAAGUUCUCAGCUCUCUGUCCGACCACAACACAGCCCCUGACAGUCUCCUGAAUUUCACCACUGCUGUUGACAGAGCACCAAUGGUGGUGAUGCAAGAUAACAGUGUUGAAGUAAGAAGCAGCCAACUUGAAAGAAAUCAUUCCACUCAAAUGGCCUCAACAACACUGAAUCCUGCACUGAAGUCGCCUGUAGUGGGAGCUGAUGGUCAAGUGGGACACCCCAGUCACAUCAGCCAAUUCCCCCAGCAGCAGACCGUCUUCCCUCAUGUCAACAAAUCGUUAGACUGCAGCUUCUGUAGCAAGCGCUUCCUCACCCGUGAGGAACUGAUUGUGCACCGUGCAAGUCACACCGGGGAGUCGCCUGUUACUUGCUCCUUUUGUGGCAAGUCAUUUGUCAACAAGACCACACUGAGCAUUCACAUGCGCAUUCACACCGGGGAGAAGCCGUACGCCUGUGUGCAGUGUGGAAAACGCUUCACACAGAACGGCAGCCUGAAGAUCCACCUGAGGACUCAUUCUGGAGAGAAGCCAUACACCUGUAAUCAAUGUACUGCCAGUUUCAACAACCCCAGCAACCUGCGACGGCACAUGAUCACACACAACACCUAAGAGGAUGCUCUGACCAUGAUAAUGAGUAGAUUUAAAGGUACUGUGUGUAAGAGUUACUGACAUCUAAUGGUAAAGAUGGGUAUAGGAAUGAUUUCAAAUGCCAAGCACAGUUGUGAAAGGAUGGUGGUCGUCAGUGGCCAUAUUUAAUCCAGACUUAAACAUGUUUUCAUCUGCCAGGGACAGGAGUGGCCUCAGGUGCAGUGAUGACUGAACUACAGGUAACUGCUUCUUCAAUGUGCCUUUUAAAGGUGUUAUUUACUCCAAACGGUGCUCUAGCAACCAUCGAAUAAAGCUAGUACUGCAGUUUUAAAGUUCAGAGGGUUCCCCCUUCACAUGGAGUUGUCUCUCCGUUUGGAAACCGUGUAGUAAACAUGGUGGCACAAAUAUGGCAGCUGCCAUGUAUGCAGACCCAUGGCAGGUAAAUAUAAAUGGUUGAUUCUAUGACAAUAAAAACAUACGUUAUUUUAGCAAAGUAAUUGGAUGCCUAUAGAAAAACAGUUUUCAAUGAUAUAUUACAUUUUUCUGUCACUUGAGUUUUGAUUUUGAUACACACUGCACCUUUAAUGGGUUGACAUUUUUAAAAUUUUCAUCGUUUACUUUUUGCUGACAUUUGUGCUUCAUUUGUCACUAUAUGUUUUUUUCCAUUGUCUUACUGAAAAAAGUGAACACAAACAGGCAUUAUGUCUGCUCAAUGCCAUAAUAAAACUUGCAUUCCUUCUCAUUCAUGAAAAAUCACAAUAGGAAGAUAACUUUUUUUAAAAUUCUCUUUUACUCAUGGCUUCGUGCUUUGCAAGACACUAACUCAUUCACACAAAUGUUGGUGCAUCUUUUAAGUCAUUGUAUUCUACUUUAUGUUAAAAUAACAUGCAUUAUGGAGCUGUAUUGCAGUACAGAAGUGUUGUUAAAAAGAAAGCCUGCACAUGAUGAAAGUGGGACCUUUCCAUCUGGACUACAGUGUGUGUGUAACAGGUGCUGCUGAUGUGGUCAAUUAAAUUAGGAAUAAAUGUGAAAUAUGGCUGAAUAAAUGUUGCAAGGUUAGGGAUGAGUGGUAUGGAUACAAUCCUGCAAAUGCUGUCUUAUUACUGUGAUUUCUUGUAAUUUAGUUGAUAUUCUAAAAAAUAUUACAGUAAAUUACUUAAAUUCUAUUAAUAAAUUCUGGCAAGCUUUUUAAUAAUUUCAAUUCUGGACUAAGUUGAAUUAUAUUUUUUAAGGGUAAUUUUCUUAACAAGAAGCAAAUCAUCAACCAGAGAGAAGGAUCAUUCCUUUUCAGAAAUUAUGUUAUUAUUUGCUGUUAUGAAUCCUCCUAAAGCUGUAGAGUUGGAAAAAAUCUCAUUUUUGAAAUAUGAAAAUAAAUGAUCUCACGAAGGUUUUUCCUGAAAUCCUGGAAAAUGUUGAUAGGAAAAAUAAAAGAUGUCAAUCUUAAACAUCUGUAUAUCUUCAUUGAAAAUGUUUUUUUUUUUUUUAUUUAAUAGGUAUUUUAUUGUUUUUUAUAUCUCUGUACCUGCACUCGCCACCCAUUUUAACAAGAACAUGUUUAUUUGUGUCACCUCAAAUUCUGUUUUCUACAUUUACAAAAAAUCCUAACAAUUUACACCCAAAAAGAAGGAUUAUGAAAUUUGUUCUGAGAUCAAAGCCUCUACAAUUUAGAACUCAGAAGUAUUUUAUUUAUUUAUUAACAUCCAACGAGCUUUUUACAUUUUACAUUAUUUUUUUUCAAGAAAAUCCCUGAUUUUCACAGGGAGGGCAGGUGAAUUAAGUUGACAUGGAAUAAAUAAAAUGAAAGUCAAAGUAAAACCGAUGAGGCUACUUUAAAAUGAGCAGUUCUGUUUUCAUAUCUUGUGGAAAAAGUGGGAGGCGUGCAAUAGAAAAGAUACCUUUCAAGGUCAAAUGCUCUUUCUUUUUUAACAAACUACCUCUUUUUUUUUUUUUUUUUUUUUGUAUAUCUCCUUCCAACUUUUUGUACUUCUGGGAUGGUUUCAUACUUAGCAAUGGCCAGUAGAUGGAUUUGUAGUGCGGCUUUACAGUCAUGAAUAAAUAAGGAUUCUUAAAA